CAGAGGCCAUCUUGGUGGAGGCCAAAAGGGGAAGUGACACAGAUAUCACUUCCUUUUCUUUCGAUCCAAAAAAAGAUGAAUAUACCAACGCUCUGCUGAAAGUUUACAGUAAUUAUCCUCUGAGGCUGAUCACUAACAGGAUAUAUCUCGGGCUGUUCAGUGUACGGUGUUGGUGGAAAGUAGAAGUUAGUCUGAAAGUUGCUGACUGAACACUGAGGAGACAUGAAGGCUGUGGUUGGACUGCUGGUGUUCAUACUCGGAGUCUCUCACGGUCUGGAAACCCACUGUGACGGCAGACAGGAUGGAGCUCAGUGUUUCGGUCCUUUGGGAGGAACUGUGGUCCUCCAGCUGAUCGACAGGGCUGUACAAACACAUAGAUACAAAUUGUACAAAUCGUCAAACAAAACAACAAUAAUACUUACUGUGAUAAACAAUAACAUUUUUUAUAAUGCGAUAAAAAGCAGAUCAUCAUUUAAUCUCAGUGAGGGAACAUUUAGGGUGAACAACCUCAGCAGGACUGACAGUGGUGAAUAUCCUUUUGAAAUCCGUGACAACAAAAGUAUCAAAGAGAAUCGCGCUCUACGACUGACCAUUCAAGCUCCUGUGUCCUCUGUCCGGCUGGCCUCUGAGUGUCUGUCCCAGGGAGAGAAGAGGGUCUCCUGCUCCUCUGAGGGAGGGGACAGUCCUCAGUACAGCUGGACUCUGGAUAGACGCUCACUGACAGACACUGAGCUCCUCUCUGUAAAUACUGAGAAUAACAGCAUCACUCUGAGACAACACGUCUCAGGAGCAGUGGCCUGCUCCGUCGAGAAUAACGUCAGUGAGGUCUCUAAAGGAGAGCAUUUCUCUAACUGUGUAUUCAUUAACUGCUCCUCAAAUGGGACACAGAUAUCACAGUGGGUGUUUGCAGCCAACAAUACGCUGUGCAUUGAACAUACAACAACAUCUCCUAUCACCACCAUCUCAGAAUCCUCCACUGCGGCUUACUGGUGGCAAAUAAUGGCCGGUGUGCUCUCUGCACUGGUUCUUCUGUUGGUGGUCGGGGUGGCUGUCGUCUGUGCUCAGAGAAAAAAACCAAGCAACCAGCCUACAGAUGAAGAUGAACAGGAGUUGACCUAUGCUGUUGUCAAGAUCAAGCAGCGGUCGGGGCGGCAGGUCCAGCAGAGGGCCGAGCCGGAGGUGGAGUACGGCCAGGUCAAGUUCUCAGAGCGACCUCGGCCGACUGCUGAUCCGGCAGGAGAGGAAUGUGUGUACGCCAAGGUGCGAAGAGGCAGGUGAUUCCCAGAGUUCAGUCAUUUGACAAAGACUGCACCGUUAAAGGCAGGUGAAGGGUCUCUUUGUCCAGAUCCUCCUCGUCCUGUCAUCAGAACGGCAACAGGGUCACAGCAGAGCACAGUUACACUUUUUCAUGUACUUUGACUCUGUAAAUCUAUUUGCUCCCUAUCGCUUCAUAUCAUUGAUUUCUGUUUCUAUUGUAUUAAAAAAAAAAAAAUCCUGCAAUAAUAAUACUUAUAAUAUUAAUAAUGAUAUUCCUUUAUUUCUUAAGAAUAAAUAAAUUAUACACCUAACGAUGUUUUGACAAGAUACAGGUCAACAUUUUGCUGUGAUGUGUUUCUCUUGUACAGUCUAGUAGGGACCUCCGCCAGAAGCCUGUUUAAAGUUGAAAUACAUUAAUAGGAUGCGGGUUCUUUUAAUGUAAAUACAAUUUUUAUUUUCAUUCAUAGAUAUUAUUAUUAUUGUUAUGCUUUUGUGGUUUAUUUAAAAUUCCUUGUUUGAUUUCAAAAGCAUUUUAAUUUAUAAUUUAGAUAACAUUACAAUCAUCUUUGCGUUAUGUUUAUGCUUGUUUCUAAUUCAUGAGGAUGUUCACUUUUUUAAUACAUUGUUGAGCCACUGUAAAUUUAAAAUAAUGCUAAUAUAAUUUUGCCUUUACAAUGCACUUAGUUAACCCUGCAAUAAGUGGCAGAAAAGCACACUGCUCUGAAUAACCACUUCCUCAUUUGCACAAAUUAUGGCAAUGAUUGCUCAUUUUUGCUGAAAAACUGUCUUUCUCGAAGGAAGAAAGAACAUUUGUCAUCAAUAAAUAAUUACAUUACA